GUCCGUCCCAUUGCUCCACGGGACCUUGCUGUCGUCUUGCAGCAUAAGUUGCCCGAUUCCAAUGUCGGUUAACGUCCCUUGAAGUAACCGUGCCCUCAUAAACACCGUACGUCUGGCAGAUUUACUCCAUAGGGCUCGCCGCAGGAAAGUAAGAGACUCCGAAGCACGUCCUCCCUCGACAGUCAGCCCAACAUGCCCCUCGAGGUCCACGGCCUCCAGUCGGCCGACAUCCACGCCAAGGUCAAGAAGCUAAUCCACGAGCUGGUCAACAUCAAGGACACCACGGGCGAGUUCCUCCUCAAGCUCGACGAUGGCCGCAUCAUCGACACCAAGGGUUGGAACGAUUGGGAGUGGACGCACGGCAUCGGGCUGUACGGCAUAUGGAAGUACUACGAACUGACGGGCGACGAGGAGUGCCUGGCCAUCAUCGAGGCCUGGUUCCGCGACCGCUUCGCCGAGGGCCACAAGGGCAAGAACAUCAACACCAUGGCCGUGUUCCUGACCCUGGCCUGCGUCUACGAGAAGACGGGCAACCAGACCUACCUCCCCUGGCUCGACAGCUGGGCCGAGUGGGCCAUGCACGACCUCGGCCGCACUCGCUUCGGCGGCAUGCAGCACACCACCUACCUCGAGGCCAACGACGAGCAGCUCUGGGACGACACCCUCAUGAUGACCGUCAUGCCGCUGGCCAAGAUCGGCCUCGUCCUCAACCGGCCCCACUACGUCGCCGAGGCCAAGCGCCAGUUCCUCCUGCACAUCCAGUACCUCAGCGACCCGGAAACGGGGCUCUUCUUCCACGGCUGGGAGUUCACCGACGCCUCCGGCCGCGCGGGCGGGCACAACUUCGCCCGCGCCCGCUGGGCCCGCGGCAACGCCUGGCUGACCAUCGCGCUGCCCGAGUUCGUCGAGCUGGUCGGCCUGGCGCCGGACGACCCGCUGCGCUACCACCUCCUCAACGUCCUCGAAGCCCAGGUGCGCGCCCUGGUGCCGCUGCAGGCCGGCAGCGGGCUCUGGCGCACCCUGGUGGACGUUCCCGAGGAGGAAGGGUCGUACCUCGAGUCGAGCGCCACGGCCGGGUUCGCCUACGGCAUCCUCAAGGCGCAGCGGAAGCGGUACAUCGGCAAGGAGUUCGAGGGCACUGCCGCUAAGGCUAUUCAGGCCGUCAUUGACAACGUCAGCCCCGAGGGGGAGCUGCUCCAGACGUCUUUCGGGACGGGUAUGGGCCGCGACCUGCAGCACUAUAAGGAUAUACCAAGGACGAGCAUGCCGUAUGGCCAGGCGAUGGCCAUGAUGGCGUUGGUCGAGUUUUUGAGGGUGUAUUAUUAGAAUUAGAAGACAUUGAAUGGAAGAAGCGAUGGGGAG